AUGUACCGUAUUAAAAGUAAGCAUAAAAUAAUUUUGCACAUACAUAUGUAUUUAGUAAAUCCCACUGGCAAAUUUACAUUUGAGAAAAAAUACAUAUAUGGAUAACAUUUUUUCUACAUUAUGCAUAUGACUUCUUUCUUUAAUGAAAUAUAACAAGAGUUUUGUAAGAGGAUUAUUUUCCAGUUCCAAUCAUGAUAAAAAUAUAGUUAUAGUGGUUAUGUUUUUAUCAUGCUUCCAAUUAUGUAUUGAUUUUAUAAAAGUAUUUAAUACGGCUCUAGUGCAUUAAAUUUGACAUUAGGGUCGGACAGAUAUAUACGACUUUAGAUUAUGUCUGUAGUCUUUGAAGAACAAUGCAUGUUCAUACAUAUGCAGAUAUUUGAAAAUACAUAAUGCUUGUUUAUCAUUAUGAAUUAUAUUCUAAACAAAAGUGUCGUUAUAAAGUAUAUAUGCAUUUUGUUACCUCAGUUUAAGAAUGAAAUUAUCCCCCUAUCGACAUUGAAAAGUGGCAUCAUUGUUAGAUGCGUGAUUUGGUCGCUUUGGCGCGCUACAAUCAGCUGAGCGCUAUCGGCCUCUAUCAUUCCCAUUUGCUUACUCUUUCUGUAUCACGUCGAAAGAAUCGCAAGUCGCGUUUUCUACACUCGAAUUUUUUAAGGCAAAAUUUGUGCAAACAUUUCUUUAUCUUAACUUUAACCGAAUGCUCUGAAAUUAUUGGAAUUCUAAAAUUUAAAUUUUUGUAUAUUUUUUGCAAGUAAGCAGAUAAAAAUCCGGGCCGGCCUUUUCCGGUGCGUAGGUGUCUCAACGGUAAAGUGGAAAUUGGACAGAUAAAAAGGCAAAAGACAAGGGGAAGACAACGAUUAAACGAAACGAAAAAUGGCGCAUUCGACUGCAACUAUAGUCACAGCAACAACGUCCGCUGCUGCUUCGUCGACAAGUGAAAUCAACUGUAUAAUCCAGGAUGCAAAUGGCAAACUCGUUAAGAUUUUGAGACCAAAGGAUAUCAAACAAGAGACAAUUGGUAGUGGCGAUUCAACAACCAUAAGAGCUGUGCAUUUGAACAGCGCAAGUGGUAGUUCACUUAAGUCUAGUGCAGGCUCAUAUACACAGUUGGCUACGUCGAGUCAACAACAAUAUUUGAGCCGUUACAAUAUACAAGGUGGAGAUAGUAACACAUACACCGUUAUAUCAACACAAAAUAGUGUCGGCAAUCAGCAACCGGCAUUUACAACUAUAAAAUACGAAACUCCAGAAACGGUCACCGUGAAAACGGAAGAGCGCUACACAAAAUACACACCAAAUAACAAUACAAAAAUGAAAUCAAAACUCCACACUACCAAUAGCCCCCAUACGAACUCAGCACGAAGGCAACGUAAACCCGAAAAGGCUGGUAAAGGUUUGCGACAUUUCGCUUUAAAAGUAUGUGAAAAAGUGAAGGAAAAGGGCGUCACUACUUACAAUGAAGUCGCCGAUGAAUUGGUCGCUGAAGAAUUGCACAUCAAUGCCGUAGAUUCAGCGAAUUGUGAUCAAAAGAAUAUACGUCGGCGUGUUUAUGAUGCGCUCAACGUACUUAUGGCCAUGGAAAUAAUAUCGAAAGACAAAAAGGAAAUACGCUGGAUUGGAUUGCCAUCAAAUUCGGCUGAGCAAUGCUCUGAGCUGGAAAAACAAAAUGAAGAGUGUCGUCAACGCAUACAGCAGAAACAUCAACAACUGAAUGAACUUUUGCUACAUCAAGUUGCCUUUAAGAGUCUGAUCGAACGCAACAAAGAAGCGGAACGACAAGGCAAUGUGCCAACGCCCAAUUCUUCAAUACAGCUACCCUUUAUCAUAGUUAAUACGCACAAAUCGACAAAAAUUAAUUGCAGUGUUACGAAUGACAAAUCGGAAUAUAUUUUUAAAUUCGAUGAUCAGUUCGAAAUGCACGAUGAUGCCGAAGUACUGAAACGUAUGGGCUUACUUGGUGGUUUAGAUAAAGGCCAAUGCUCACACGAAGAGAUUGAACGUGCAAAGAACUUGGUCCCACCGAAUUUCGAGAAAUAUAUUGAAGCCUAUGGCAAUGGCAAAGGACUGGCAUGCAAUUCCGAUGAUGAUACCAUGAGCGGCUUCGCUGAACUAACUAAUGAUUCCUCAAUGCAUGGGUAUCCGCGUGCUGGUGGUCGUCGCGGUGGUGGCGGUGCUAAGGCUGGUGGCCUGCGCGACGGCGAUGAUGAUGAUGAAGAUUUUUUGGAAAAUAGCGAUAUUGAUUGAGGCGAAUUCAUGGUUGCGUACAAUAACAGCAACAAUACAUACAAUUACAAAGAAAGCAGCUGCACCAGCAACAAUAACAAUAAUCAUUAUAUAUGCAACAAAGCAACAACAACAAGCGAAGGUCUUUCUAUCGGUGGUAGCAAGCUAAAUCAGCAGCGUUAUUUAAGUGCUGCCGCUUAUGGAAUUUGUAGUGCCAAUGACUUGGAUUGCGGUGUAAUUUCCGAAACUGAUCAGCAAGCAUUGCAACAAUCGCAAUUACGUUUGGCUGCUGCAUCCAAUGCAGGGAGCCUAAACGUCGCCGAUAUUAGUAGCCAUUUAACAGAAGAUUCUUUUAGUUUUUCAUUCAUUUCAGCUUUAUUAGGCUUGCAUUAGAGGAGCGCAUAUUAGAGAAAACCUGUUAAAAUAUGUUACUGCAUUGUUAUAUUGUUUAUUUGACUGAUCAUUUGUUUAUUAUGCGCACUUUUAUUCUUACUGUCGCCAGUAUGUGUUGUGCGCCUUGAACAGUUGAAGUGAUUGCAUUACUGACGCAGCUGUUGAAUGUAUUUUGUAUGAUCCCAUUCUCUACAAGGGAAGGAACGGCAAACCCUUUAUCGAUUUCUAAGUCUUUUGCUUAUCUUUAUUUUUUAAUUAUUUACUUACAUAUGUAUUUGAUUUUGCAUUUCGGGUUUGCAAAUAUGUAUUGAAUUUUUUUUAUGUGCAUACUUCUUUGCUGUUUAUAUAUAUUUUUUUUUGCAGAAAAGGGGUGUGACUUCAAAAUGUGAUGAGUUGUACAUGUCAUGCAUGAAUAUGACAAAUAUUUGGUGCAGAAAAUUUGUUUAUUAAAUUUUUUAGCAUAAUUGUAAAUUAGACGACGUUUUAGCACUGGCCAAUACAAGAAAGGAAAAAUAUUUAUAAUUGUGGUCAACGUAUUUAAUUUUUAAAAAAUGUAAACCCUCUUUAGGGACACUAAAAUAUUAUUUUCUAUACAUAAUAAAUAUGAUGAUGAUAAACGGUAAAUUCAUUUUUUUACAUUUAGUUAAAAUGUUCAAAUGUUUGGUAAAUAUUCUUACAUAUAUGUACAUUUACAUAUGUACGUACAGGCGGCCGGCGUAGGCUUUAUCAUUCGGUGCGCCUGAUCAGUGCAACAAAAUUAUGAACCUCGGCAGGUAAUGGUAAGCCCCGAGUGUGUUUCAAGCAUACAAAAAUCUCAUGAAAUCCCUGUUGACAAGUUUGAGAUGCUUGUCCAAGCGUUUAUACAAUUUUUUGAGUUCAGUUUCUAAUUUAUUGGUAUACAAAUUCAUGUGUUUUCUAAACAAUGGAGCAAAUUUAAAAAGAAGAGUAUAAACAUAUUUAUUAGGUUGUGGUUGUCGCUGUAGCGGCUACUAAACCCCGCUCGAAUCGGCUCAUCCAUCAACGUUGUCUGGUUCAGCUAUGGGGAGGCCCAGGAAUUGAGCAAUUUCAACAGGUUCUGUUCAUUGAGACAGGGGCAGAUAUUUAGUAGGUGGUUUUAUCUCAAGAACGUCAGUAAUAUAUGUUCGUUUGCGUAAUACCAUAAUCUCAACCGUAGACUACCAAGAACUUGGCAAUUGAUUAGAUUCACGAAAAUCCAAGAAUUUUGUGUUAAAUAAUAAUCUGGCAAUUUGGCACGACAACACUUCUAUGCUGUCUUCAUAAUAACCUGGCGUUUUAAGGGUCUUUCAAAGAUUGUUGUCAUUGAAAGGAACAGGUCCUGUUAAUUCCAAAAAAAAAGAUAGGGAUGGAGACCUCACGUCAUUUAAAAUUUUUCCUAAUUUAACACGAUCCCAUCUGUCGAAAUUUUGUUGAGGAAUCGUUUUUAAAUAAGCUUCGGGAAUAUGAAUAUGAAAAAUAAAUAAGUUUUCUUAUUAAUCAAAAUUUC